AUGCUCUGCCACCUCGCGGGGCUCGCACUCGUGCCUCCGCGCGCGCCGACGCUCGCGCCGCGGCGAGGCUGGCAGCGGUCGGCUGUCGCGUCCUCCGUGAGGCCGCCGCCGCUGCCCGACGACCGGCCGGGGCUGCCGCCGCCGACCGAGGAGGGCGGCGUGCUCGCGCAGAUCCUUCCCAUCUCGCUGCUGCUCGAGUCGCAAGAGGCGGACCGCGCUGGCGACCUGGCGGUGGGAGAGGACGCCGGAGCCUUUGCGUGGCGGAACGAGCGGUGGGGCCAGGUGAUCGAGGACGGCGGCGAGGUUGGGCGCGACUGGCUCACCUUUUUCGCGGCGGUCGGCACAAUCAUGUCGGCGCUGGUCGUGCUGUGGAUCUACUCGCCGACGGGGUACGGCGACGACUUUCUGGCGGCGCUCGAGGCAGCGUGUGGCGGCAACUCCCACCUCGUCACUCUCGCCUUCGGGAUCCUCUUCCCCCUCGUCCACUCUGGCCUCGCCGGCCUCCGCCCGUACGCGUCGCGGGUCACGGGCGAGCGGCUGUGGCGAGUCCUCUUUGCGUCGUGCUCGCUGCCGCUCGCCUACUCGUGGAUCGUCUACUUCAUCUCGCACGCGCACGACGGCGUCGUCUGGUGGAACGGAGAGGCGUCUCCCGUUGCGCACGCCGUCGCCUGGUGCGCGUCCUUCUCCUCCUUCUUCCUCCUCUACCCGUCAGUCUUCAACCUCAAGGAGGUUGCCGCGGUCGAGAAGCCGCGCCUCCACCUCUGGGAGACCGGAGUCAUUCGGAUCACCCGCCACCCGCAGAUGGUCGGGCAGCUGCUGUGGUCCGCCGCCCACUUGUCGAUGGUCGGCUCAUCCUUCACCGCCCUUACCAUGGCCCUCCUCGUCGGGCACCACCUCUUUGCGGUGUGGCACGGCGACCGGCGGCUGGAGGCGGAGCACGGGGACGCGUUCCGCGCCGUCAAGGAGCGCACCUCCGUCUGGCCCUUCCUCGCCAUCCUGGACGGCAGGCAGACCCUCCCGCCCGACUACUACAAGGAGCUCGUGCGCGCGCCCUAUGUGCUGAUUGCCGCCGGCACCCUCGCCGCCUACAAGGCCCACCCGUACAUGCAGGCCGGCGCCGCCCUCGUGCGGAACACCGGUCUCGUCCCGGGCGGUGUCCUCGAUGGCCUGCUGGGCGAGUGAGCGUUUGCCGAUCGACUGCGCGAGGUGGGUCCAGAAGAUGCGAGAACCGAGCUAAUCUCUUUUCUUUCGCCAUCUGUAUCUUGACACGACAUGCCGCGGUGUGCAUGCGGCUUUUGCGGGUCUCGGGUGACGCGGGUCCUCACUCAAGUGUGGGACAUAUUCAUGUUACCCCUUGUAAUUUUC